GCCGGCAGCACCCAGGCUGUCAGCGGCGGCAGGGACUUCUGCGUGAAGGUCUGGGACCUCCCACAGCAGACGGUGCUGCACUCCUACAGAGCUCACUCCGGUUCAGUGACAUGUGUGGCUUCCUGUCCUGGUAAGGACACUGUGUUCCUGUCCUGUGCUGAGGACAGCAGAACUUUACUCUGGGACACCAGAUGCCCGAAACCAGCUACUCGAAUUGUUUGCAGUGCCUGUAAUCACCUCCCUACCUCAGUCAUGUGGCAUCCACAGAAAAGUGACAUCUUUGCUUUGGGUGAUGAAAAUGGAACAGUUGCAUUAGUAGACACAAAGAAUCCUGAUUCUGCUCUCAGCUCUGCUGUGCAUGCCCGAAGUAUCACGGGGUUUGCAUUUUCUACACAUAGUUCACCCUUACUGGCUUCAAUCAGUGAAGACUGUUCAGUAGCUGUUCUUGACUCAGACCUCUCAGAGGUGUUCAGAAACCGUUCUCAUCGAGACUUUGUAAAAGGCUUAUCGUGGUCUCCUUCAGACAAUGCCUUGCUCACUACAGUUGGAUGGGAUCAUCAGGUUUUACAUCACACUGUCCCCAUACCAACUGGUGAAGCUUCUGGAGUCAACUGUGUAAAAGAAUAGUUUUAUAAACUCAUGGUCCAAAUUCCUUCCUGGCAUUACUUUGAUUGUGCUGAAGUCAAAGGCGUGUGUGAACUGGAGUGGGUAUGGUCUGUUGUCUGCCUUGAAGCUUGUGACUAAGAAGGUUCCUGUAGUAAUUUUGAAUUAGGCAUAAAUUAGUUACAAACCAAGCUUUACCCUCUCCUCAGGAGUUGGCUUUACCUGUGAUAAGACUUCAGUAUUUUACCCAGAAAAAAAAUUUACUUCAGGCACAGAGGAGACUUGGAGAGACAGGGAAUUAGGUAUAAUAAAAAAAAUCAAAAAGACUCGAUUCCUCCCUCAGUUCUCCAAAC